UCACUGCAGCCAAUGGUCGCGGUCCUGCCUUUGCGGGUGCCGUGAAUCCGCGAACGCUGUCAUGGCCAAUGCUAGCCAGGGCGAUCGUCGGGCGGUAUGGGAAGCCUUAGCAAUGGGCGAGGAACUCUUAGUACGAGCCACCAACACCGCCAGUUUCAACUGGCAGUCCACGCAUCCACACUUCGGCUCCGUGGUCCAUGCCAUCCUCUUCGGGCGGAUCGACGAUGGUCACGAGCCAGCCGAGGAGGACAUCUAUCACUACUCCGACAUUGUGCUGGCAACAGAAGUGGGCACCAAACAGCGCCUCAACCUGUUGAAGUUGGCUCUGGAGCAAGGCGCUUCUCCAGACUUGCCUGCGCCGGAGUCCUGCAUUCGCUGCCUCAGUUGGCGCUGGUUCGAGAAAGAUGACUGGACCGAGGACGUGAUCCCCGCGCGGAAGACGGGCCUGGAGACGCUGCUGGCGGUGAAGCGAGCGCUGCUGAAGUCGGAGAGUUUGACGCAAAAGUCGGCGGUGCAAAAAAAGAUCCAGGACGUGGAUAAGGCGUUGCUGACGUUGUUCUCCGAGCAUUCGAAGACGGACAGCCAGAAAGCCCUGGUGCCGGAAGAGUUGUUGGAGAUGUGGGCUCGUUUUCUUGGAGAUACUAGCACUGCGGACGUGCGCAUGAUCGUGUGCAAGACAGGUGAGGAGACUUCUGAGACAGUCCCAGCCCAUCUGGGGGUCUUAUGUGCUGCGUCUCCUGUGCUGAAUGCCAUGCUUUCAGGAUGCAUGCAGGAGGCGUCUGCCAAAGAAGUGUCCUUGGAGCAUGUGAGUGUCUUAGCAGUGAAGGUGCUUUUGUCGUUGAUGUACACAGGAAGUCUUCCCAUGGACUUCGAUACGCAGUCCCAGACCAUUUUGGAGGCACUGGACUUGGCACAUCGCUGGCAGGUUCACUACGUGGUUCAGAUCUUGGUUUCCGCUGCUGAGAAGCAGCUGACUCUGGAGAACUUUGAGGCCCUUGCUGAAGCGAGUGUCCGACUGCAACUGCAGCAGCUGCAAGAUAUUUGUAGAACUUUUGCAAAUGCACGGAAACUUGAGCUGCGGGCGAAGUUCGAAGAGUCCAUCAACAGCACGGUGCGAGAGCAUUUUGGAUCCAUCGUGGGUCCAAACAAGGGAAAAGAAAAGCCCAGUGCCAAGCGGAAACGCAUAUGUUUCUGAGGUUGCAGAAUCGCGGUUCAUGGCGGCUCAUAAGACUCAUAAGACUGAGCUGAUCAGGUUUGACCAUCAAAAAAGAGGG